AUGGAGUUCCAGGGCGAUGCAGAAGGGAGUGCCGGCUGUGAUCCAGCUGGGGGGAGUCGUGCACUCUCGGGCUGCCUUCCCGCAGAAGCGUUCGAACACUUUCGCAUCCGCGAGCAGCAGCUCCUUCGGUUGAACGAGGAGCUGGAGAAGGGGAGGGAAAAGGGUCUAUCUGCGGCUGAGAAGCACGUGCGAGUUCUCCAGUCGUCAGCCACCCAGCCACCUCCCGGUUCACACACCUUUAGGCCGAAAUCAGCCAUCACCUAUCAGGGAGACAGGAGCCGAGACGAAGAUAACUGGAACGAUACUUCGACCAUUCGCCGCGCAAACCGGACAGGCUGUGUGGCAGGGCAGCGCUCACAGAGCGCAUCUGCGUGCCGGUGCGAUUAUCCCCCAGACUCCGCGAGGAACAAAGAAGAGAAGCACUUCGAGGCGCCUGCGUCCCCGUACGAAACUGACAGGGGAGGCGCGUCUACGCAGAAGGUUCGGUUAAGAGAAAGUGUCUUGAAAGAUCCAUACACUUCGGGGCAACGUGGCUCACACGUGCAGGCUGAAUACAUGCGAUUUGUGCAGCAGGGAUGUAGUGCUAUAGGCAGCGGCGCAGCUUGCAACAAUUUGGAGGCUUUGACCGCGACAACGCAGCUCCAGAAGAGCCGAAUUCUCGCUCUUCAGCAGGAGUUAGAUUUGCGGGCAAAGGAAGUCCAGAAAUAUGAACAGGAUUUGCACGCAUCAAGAAACCAAGCCAACGGGUUCGCAGACGAAAAUGAAAAAUUGAAAAGGAUAAUCAACCAACUGAACACGCAAGAAGAGAAAACAAGGCAGGCCCACGCCGAGCUCGCGUCAAGAGUUGGCAUACUCGAAGAUGCUCUUGCCAACCUGCGAGCGGAAAACGAUAGGUUGACCGAAUGCGACCGGAAAACUGCGGCUGAGUUAAUUACUAAGGGCGCGCGUAUCAUUCGUUUAACUGAAGAACUCGAAACAGUGCGAACGCAGUUGAAAGACUGCAAAAGCAACACCAAGGACAGUUUGUCAGCAGAGAGACAGAUCGAGAAGCUCAUAGCUGCCAACAAGAAAUUGGAGAACCAGCGAAACGAGCUGGUGGUAGGUUUCAAGAAACAAAUGAAGCUUAUAAACAUCCUCAAAAAGCAGAAGGCACAUAUGGAAGCAGCACGUCUUCUCAGUUUCACCGAAGAUGAAUUUCUGAAAGUUAUACGGGCCGAUGAAAGGAACGCAUUCAACUGA